AUGGCCGGGGAAAUCACCCAUGCCACCGCGGCCACACCAGCCAUGUCACUUGCCGCCACGCUUGCCGAUGGCAAGAAGGUCAGCCAAAGGACGUCGAGCUAUAUUGUCGAAGAGGACAAGAUACUAUGCUCCGCUUGGAUUGAGAUUUCCCAAGAUCCACUUUGCGGUGCCGAGCAAAAGGGCAAUGCUUAUUGGAACCGUGUGGGCAAGUACUUCCAUGAGCAUCGGCUGUUGUGUGAAAAACUCUUCUUCAGCAAACACAAAAAUCUCUCCCUUUCAAAGCGGUGGAGCUUCAUCCAUGUCGAGUGUAGCCAGUUCCAAGGCUCGUACGAGAUGGUUGUUUAUGCUUUGGAGCAGUACAAGAGUACCUACGACAACAAGGGCUUCACAACGAGCCAUGGUUGGAUGUUGCUCAAGGACACCAAGAAGUGGGAAACAAGCUAUGCCCUUUGGAAGAAACUCAACGUGGCGAAGAAGGGCAAUGGAAAUUCAUCAACGAACGACACCAUCGACCUUGAGUACGAUGGCCAAAGCCUAGGCACCGACGCAACCGAAGAGGCAGGCGGUGGUAGCUGUGCCAAACAGUCGGCUAGCCACAAGGCAACCAAGACCGAGAUGCACCCUCAAGCUUCCUCAAUGGCAUUCCAAGAGACCUUGAGGGAAUUGAUGGUCAAGAAGGAAGAGGCCAUCACCAAGAGGGAAGAGAGGCAUCACAAAGAGAAAGAGGCAACCGCAAAGAGCUUUGUUGAUCUUCAAAUGAGAGCUCUUGAGGUGGAAGAGACCCUUGCCAAGUCUAAUUUCAUCGAGGCCGAGGCCAAGGCAAGGCUCAUGGAUGCCGAUGCCAAGUCCAAGGUGUUGGAUGCCGAAGCCAAGAUCAUGGUCGAGGAGAACCGGAUCAUGCUUACUGACUUGGCCACCAUCACCGAUCCCGUGCAAAGGGCUUGGAUGAAGAAGAGGCACAAGAUGAUCCUUGCUCGCGAAGAUUAA